GAGAAUCGAGUCUUUUGUGAAUCGUCCGUCUACUCCGGGUGUUUUAAAUGAAGGUUAGCGCGUGUUUUUUUUCUAUCGGUUUCCGGACACCGGGAGCUUCACGCGCCUCACACACUCCUCUCACCCCGAUAGGACACAUCCCAUACAGCUGCUGCUCCACCCAACACGGAUGUGGUGUGUGUGUCGGAGUGGAGCGACGCUCCAGCAGGCAUGCACCGGAGACGCGCUCAAACUUUUCCGACGCGCUCGUGAGUUUGGCGCGAGGACAAAGUCCCGCGUGCGUUAAUAAAAAAAACCACACACACGCACUCAUACUCGUUUUAUCGUCAGAAAUGCUCCAAAGAUGGCGGUAGCGUCGGCGGCUUCCGGCAUGCGCGUGCAGAAAAGUGGCGUUUUGGAAGUGCUGGUGCGGGAGCGAUGGCACCGGGUGCUGGCCGAGCUGAGCGACGAGGCGCUCGCGCUGAGCUGCGAGGACGCGGCCGGGAGCGGCGACGUGAACGGCGUGGCAAACGGGUCGCGAACGAGCCCCGACAGUCCCGACACCGGUGCGAGGACCGCCGGGGCAGACUCGCCCGAGCGCGUCCCUGAGGCCAUCGCCAACAGGAAGCGGUGCGUAAGGGUCGUGAAGCAGGACGUGGGCGGCCUGGGCAUCAGCAUCAAAGGUGGGAAGGAAAACAAGAUGCCGAUACUCAUCAGCAAGAUCUUCAAGGGGCUAGCCGCAGACCAGACGCACGCGCUUUACGUCGGCGACGCUAUACUGUCGGUGAACGGCGUGAACCUGCGCGACGCCACGCACGACGAGGCGGUACAGGGUUUAAAGAGAGCCGGCCGUGUGGUCACGCUGGAAGUAAAGUACAUGAGAGAAGCCACGCCGUAUGUGAAAAAGGGGUCUCCGGUGGCAGAGAUCGGAUGGGAGACGCCUCCACCAGAAUCUCCUCGACCUGGCAACCCCCACUGUGAGGUUCCUCCCAGCCCGCCUUCACUGUCACCGCAGGGGGACUGCAGAUUCAUCCCGCUGAAAAUGUGCUACGUCUCGUGGGCUAUGUCCACCCCUGAUCCUGAAAACAGGCAUUUAGAGCUACACUCUCCCGACGCAAAGCACACAGUGGUGUUGCGGUGUUCGGACUCCAGCUCAGCUCAAGUGUGGUUCGAGUCCAUGCAGUCUGCUACCUAUAACCUCAUGAUGAAAGUGACGUCUGAGCUCAGCGCAGCUGGCAGGAACGGAAUCGGGGCGAGUCAUGAGAUACGCCACCUCGGCUGGCUGGCAGAGAAGACGGAGAGUGAGAGGCCACGCUGGAAGCCGGUGGUGGUCGCGGUGACGGACAAAGACUUGAUGCUCUAUGACAGCAUGAUGCGUCUGAAGGAGAACUGGCCGAACCCAGCACACACAUAUCCUCUACUUUCAACACGGUUGGUACACUCUGGUCCAGAUAGAGGGUCUCCGCAGCCAGGGGGGGAAUUAUCCUUCGCUACACGCACAGGCACGAGACUGGGCAUAGAGACUCAUGUAUUUCGCGCUGAGACUUGUAAAGACCUGUCACUGUGGACCAGACACAUUGUCACUGGCUGCCACACUGCUGCUGAAAUGAUCAAAGAAGUGACUACCAGCUGCAUGUAUAAGGGUCAGGACUGCAGGCUGGUCAUUCACUAUGAGCUGGGCUUCUCCGUGCUGCCUGAAGGAGAGCCUCCUCACGGUCAUCCUCUAUUUAGCUACCCAUUUGAGAAACUCCGAAUGUCCUCAGAUGACGGGGUGCGGAUGCUUUAUUUGGAUUUCGGAGGCAAAGAGGGUGAAAUUCAACUGGACCUGCACUCGUGUCCCAAGCCAAUUGUCUUCAUUCUUCACUCCUUCCUUUCAGCGAAGAUCAGCAGACUGGGUUUAGUGAACUGAAAUGAACUUCUUUAAUGAAACUCUCAAACGAGGACUCGGUUAGUCCCAAAGCAGGGGUUGGUAUUUCUAAAUGUACGCCCAGGAUAAAAGAGAACUGAGAAAAAGAAAUCCUUUUUUUGUUUUGUUUUUUAAAGUUAUGAUCUGACUUGUCUAUUUUAGAGUGAAAUAGAAUCAGUUUUACACACAGUGAUUAUGCUAAGACACAAUGAUCAAACUCAGAAUGAACACUAACUUGUGAUCAGUCGUACACAAUGUAUUACAUAUUGCUUUAGAGUUCAUCCGAUUAAGCAGUAUUAAGCACUUAACAGAACGGAUAAUGAGACUUAUCUGUAUGAGAAAUGUCGAAAUAGAUCUGUCUUAUGAUUCUGGCAGCUAAUUCUGAUUAGAGAAUGACCUGUUCUAAACCCUGUAAAUUCCUAUAUAUAAAUAUAUAUAAAGUUUCGAAGUGUUAAAA